UUCUUCACUUUUUGUGUCAGGACAACAUCCAGCCAUCCAAGGCAUCCAGCCGUCCUCACUCUGGCGAAGUGGCGAUCAACGCCACCGCGCACGCCUCGCCUCGCCUGCCGCUUCCUACUCCGGCGAGGGCGGGCGAGCUGCUUGCUCCGACCGCUUCUAGCCCCAGGCCCUUCGUAGCCGACGAGAGAAGACCUAGGCGCGGCGUCUGGGGACUCGAGGGAUCGAAAUCAUCUCGGCCGCAUUGGUGAAUGGUGAGGGCUUUCCGGCCAGGAGUUCAGACCUGUAGCCAGGUCCAGCUCAUCACGUUGACGAAACCAAUUUGGUUCUCCCGGCAAGGUUGAUGGUGCGAUUCGGUAACAUUGCCUACGACUUACCACGGCACAUUGUCCGUAAGACCCUCGUAAACCUCCAAGGAAAGCCAUGUCCAGACCCUGUGUGCACAGUGGCAGAAUACACUGCUCGCCACCCAGUGGUUGUGCCAGUGCCAAGUGAGGGUGUCCGGCUGGUUGGUGAGAAGCUCGGGAGGUGCUUCUCCACGACCAGCGAGCCAGGUAUGAAGCUCAUCUCGUCUCUCACCACAGCGCUAAAAGAGUUCCACGAUUCUGACAUCUGUGUGUCUGGCUUUGAUGAGUCCAACAUGGUGGUAGCCGAAGACACCAAAGAGUUGCUGUUCAUUCCUACUGAGUCUGACAAGAUUGAGCCACCACGGAAUCUCGGCCCUGGUGAGUAUAUGAUUCCUGGGCAGUUGGUGUUCCCUGAACCUGGGAAGCUCAAGUUCAGAGACGUGAUGUUUCAGCAGAGCACUCCUGGUGGUAUCCGAGCUAACUACUUGGAUGCUCACGCCUUCAUCACCAAGAACCUCCUUCAGCCAGGGAUACGUGUCCCUGAUGACAUCAAGCACCAGCUGAAGCUCAUGAAGUCUCCUGAGUCGGCAACCAUGGGCCCCCUCAUCUCCAGGCACGCGUCUGUGGUGCCAUGGGGACUUCGGCGAGGGCUUGUCAUGUCCUACAUCCCAUACAUCCGUCACGUGCUGCCACAUGUUGACCCUGCUGCUGAGGCGACGGUUCUCAGUGAGAUGCCGUACCUUGAUGAUUGGAUUGAGAGAGCAAAGAACAACAAGCUCCUAGAGCUCUUCUUCAACCACCGCCGAGACAAGUAUCGUGCAGAUGCAACUGGUUUGCUCGAUUUCUUCUACGAUAUCUCAAUCAAUAAGAUGGAGUGGUGCUGGUCUCGCUGUUUCAAACCUGAUGGUGGGUAUCCACCUGGUGAAUCUGGGUACAAGCCUGAUGAGACUGAGAUUGUGAUGACGGUGACAUACCCUGAGUUAAUGCCCAAGAUCCAGGAGUCACUCUGGAAGACGAACCACCUGCAGAAGGCACGAUAAUCAUGAGUGUUGCUUGGGUUAUUAUGUUCUAACGCAACUCCAUAUAUAUGAGCUUUAUGACAUUUGAGUUAGCUUGGAAUCCUUCUUUUGUUGGGGUUGAGGUGUGCUAGACUUGAAAAGAUGCGGGUUAUGAAUUAUUCAUAUUGUCCCAAAAUGCGAAUUAUGAAUCUGAAUUCAGAUGCCCCAUUUAUGUUGCCUUUAUGUUUCA